AUGUUACACUUGAAUAAGAAUGCUUCAAAAGCUCAAGACUUCAGAACGAGAGUUCAAAAAGUAAACAAUUUCAUCGAAUACUUGGACGAAAAAUUCCGAGAGUAUUUUGUACCCGGAAAAGAAGUUUCUAUAAACGAAGCUGUUGUGAAAGUUAAGGGGAGGAUUACUUUUAUAAACUAUAAUCCACAGAAACCUACUAAAUGGGGAAUACGGAUAUUUGUCCUGGCCGACGCAAAAUCCGCAUACGUUUAUGACAUUUUACCAUACUAUGGCGAACUUACAUCGCAAGAUCUUAUAAAACCGGAUCUGCCAGUAUCAUCACGAAUAGUUUUACAUCUGUGUAACAAAUUGUUACAUUCCAUUCCUGACUGUGCAGGAUAUCACGUUUACACAGAUAGAUACUGUCCAAGUUUAGUCCUGGCAGAGGAAUUGUUACUAAUGAAGUGUCAUAUAACAGGUACAAUACAAAAAAAUCGCAAACACAUACCACAAGAAAUUUCCAAUCCGAAAUUUAUCAAUUCAAAUACAAUUGCAAUGCGCCAUUCAAAUUACUUACUCCUUGCUUGGAAAGACAAACGAAUUGUCACUAUGUUGAGCAUGUAUCACACCUUUGGGUCAAGAGUCAUAACUAGAUCAUCACAAAAUUAUACUAUUGAAGAAGCUUCAAAACCAAAUGUGAUUGCUGAUUAUACAAGUAAUAAGGGUGAUGUAGAUAAAGCCGAUCAAUAUGCAUCAAAAUAUUGUUUCCUGAGAAAAUCGUUGAAAUGGUGGCGGAAAUUGUUUUUUUGGGGACUAGAAACGAGCGUAAUAAAUGCUUAUAUACUUUACAAGAUUUCUCAGGAAAGGAAAGGAGAAAGCGCUUUGUCACACUAUAAGGAACAACGUUUAGAUGGGAAACUCCAUAUAAUAAAUCAGUUGCCAAAAGGGAAAAAGAAAAAAUGUCUUGUUUGUUCACCAAAAGGAAGUAACGCGGUAAAAAAACAAACAGUUUUCUACUGUGAGACCUGUGAAUGCAAACCCGACGAAUAA